CGUUCGCUUUAUUCUUUUCACCGUGUCGUCGUCGUCGUUUUGUCUCUCCCUGAAACAAAAUAUUCGCCGGCGUAAUCGUUAGAGAGACUCAAAUUCGAAUUCGAUCAUCAAAGUUCAAUGGAUGUUCCCUUACCAGUCGAUAAAUUAUCCGAUGGAUCAAACUCUGAGGAAAAAACUUGUGUAGUGCUUGUGGCAACUGGGAGUUUCAAUCCUCCUACUUUUAUGCAUUUACGCAUGUUUGAGCUUGCGAGAGAUGCGUUACACUCAAAGGGAUUUCAUGUUCUUGGAGGCUAUAUGUCUCCUGUUAAUGAUGCAUACAAGAAGAAGGGCCUUUUAUCUGCAGAACAUCGUUUAGAAAUGUGUAAUCUGGCCUGUCAUAGCUCUGACUUUGUAAUGGUUGAUCCAUGGGAGGCAUUUCAAAGCAGCUACCAACGAACUUUGACGGUUUUAUCAAGGGUCAAGACUUUCCUUACAAAAAAUCGACUUCUACCUGAGGAGUCUCUCAAAGUCAUGCUACUAUGUGGCUCGGAUUUACUGCAAUCUUUCUGCACUCCCGGUGUUUGGAUCCCUGAACAGGUUAGAACUAUUUGUAAAGAAUAUGGCAUUGUGUGCAUCCGAAGAGAAGGACAAGAUGUUGAAAAUAUGAUCUCUGGUGACGAAAUCUUAAACGAAAACCGCGCUAACAUCAAAAUCGUUGACAAUUUUGUUCCUAAUCAGAUCAGUUCGAGUAGAUUAAGGCAAUGCAUUUCGCAAGGGUUAUCGGUUAAAUACUUGACUGAAGAUGGAGUUAUAGAUUAUAUCAGACAACAUCAACUUUACACGGAGCUUACAUGACAAAAGCUGAGAGGAUUAUAAUACUUCAUCAGAUCAAAUAUUACUACACAACCCAUCAAAUAAUCGUGGUAAGCAUAUGUAAUCAGAUCAGAUACAUUUAUUGAAUCAUCACCGGCUUUGGGAGAAGCACACUAUGACGACAGCAAAACUCCCUAAUGUCCGUCUCACUCCCAUUGUAAGGGCAUACCCUAUACAAUUCUUAUUUAUGUCGAAGCUCUGCCGAUUUAAACUUACAUAUGGUAACUAUGAAAAGGAUAGAGUAUUGUUCCAUCAGUUAUUCUCUUGAAUGACUCACCAUCAUCUAAUACAAAAACUUCUGACU